AGCUUUCGGCUCUAGACCGGGUCGUUCACCCGGCCAUGGCGACCCUGGCCAUCCACAACCAUGAAACGCCACUGGAUUUGGUAGCCAGGAACCUGAAGAGCGACAGGGCCAGCCAGAGAUGUGGUGCACUACGAGACAUCGGCAGAAUGGGCCACAGGAUCUCAAGAAGAGAUAUGGACCAAACCGUGGUGCCCAUGUUGGGUGAUUCAGAUUCAGCUGUGCAAGAACAUGCCUUACUGGCCUUGAGCCAGAUGGGAGAAAAAUCUCAAGCAUUUGCACAAAUGGUUGCAGCAAAGCUUGAGCAGAGCCGGGCGAAGCAGGUGAAACGCGCUGCAAUGCUUGCUUUGGGCAGCAUGGGUCCAGCUGCCGUUACCCAUGCCGGGUCCGUACAGGCUCUUCUCAGGGAGAGAGAUCUGGAUUUAGUGGUUGAUGCCUGUACAGCGCUAGGCAAAAUGCAGGCAACACAGGCAGCAGAUGAGGUUGCAGCAACACUCACAAGUCCUGACACAGAUGUGGUUUUCGCCGCUUGCAUGAGCUUGUCCGAAAUGGACAGCCAUCAACAGGAGAUUGGAAACCUUCUGAAGCACUCCAAUGCUCGAAUCAAGUCAGCGGCUGUGAAUGCUCUGAAAGGGAUGUCAGGAUCUGAAAGGUAUUCCUCAGAUGUGGUUUCCCUCUUGGGAGACAAGGACAGCUAUGUGCGCCUGGGCGCUGCAGAUUUUACUUGCAGACUUGGCGCGAAAGCUGCAGACAUGGUUGUGCCCAUUGGGAAGUUCCUCUCAGACUCUGAUCCUGGAGUGGUAGCAGCAGCUGCUGCUGCACUGGGAGGCAUUGGGGAAGCUGCAGCUUCACAAAUCCCAGCCCUGGAACAGGCGCUGAGAAAUCCAGGAGAGGAUUCAUCGACCUUGCCACUGACUGUGGCGGGCAUCUCUCCCAAGCUCGCUUCUCUGCUUCGAAAACCUGCCUGUGCAGCUGCAAAUGCCUUGUCCAACAUGGGCACUGCCGGUGCAACUUCAGCACCUCGGCUGGUGGAGUGCUUGAACUCCAAAGACUGGGAGGUGCGAGUAGCUGGACUCCAUGCAUUGAGCAAAAUGGCGAGCGCCAGUGCCCGAUACGAGUACCACGUGGUUGACCUGUUGCGCGAUGAGAUCCCACCUGUUGCUGCAGCUGCUUGCUUAGCUGCAGGCGAGAUUGCAGCAACCGGAGCGGCCAACAGCUCGACGGCACGAGCAGUUGCAGAGUUGUUGGAGCAUCCACAUCCAACGGUUCGAGCUCGAGCAGUUCAAAGUCUCAGUAAGAUGGGAGAUGAAGCUCAUGCACACAUUGAGACCUUUGUAUCCCUUUUUGGAGACCGGGCAUGGAAUGUCCAGGCAGAAGCCAUCCGUGCCGUUGCCAAAUGUGGAGAACUUGGGCAAAUGUUUGCACCAGACGUGUGCCGCAUGACCUAUCAAGGGCUCACUCCAGAAGUCCAGGUGGCGGCUUGCGAGGCGUUGGCCCGGAUGGGCACACGCGGUGCUUCGUUCAGAGAAGAGGUGCAGCAAUUGGAGAAUGAACAGGUGGAGCAGGUGGUGAAGGAUGCAGCUCGUAAGGCCCUUGGAUUCUUUGAGCGAGCAGCUUCAUCCGCUCUUACUGACAAGGUGCCUGCCUUGACUGAAGAACCUUUGGAGGAGGAAUGAGGUGCUCCAAAGCUGCCAUCUGAACGAUCUUCCAGUAGCGAGAAGUGAGUAAGUUGGAACAAAGAGAACUCACGUGGACAUGCUUUGCAGUUAAAAAGUCAUCUGAACGUGAUGUGGGGGGGCACAAAUUCGUCUUGCACAUGAAGAAGACACUGACAGCCGAUAUGAGCUGACACAGUCGAU